GUAGUCUCGUUUUUGUUCCCUGCGACGCACGUUUCUACGAUUCCUGCUGAUCUCAACUGUUUGCCCUCUCUUCCGUUUGCCCAACCGAUCCACCGAUUAGCCCACCGACCGACUGCGGACUUACUAACAACUGAUUUGCGGACCUAUUUGUACUUUGAUAACGGAAACGAUGUCGAACGGGACGAGGCGUCGACGUCGACGAGACCGCGCGUACGCGCAGUACGCUGUCCUCAUGCUGGGACGACAACGUGUGUUCCGGGACCGCCUCGAUCCGCUGGAAGAAUUCGACGAGGAUGCGCUGCAGCAACGAUUCCGGUUUGGUCGCGCGGGAAUUAUGUUUCUCGCGGAGACGCUGCGCCCGGACUUGGAGCGGUCGACGCGUCGCAGCUGCGCCUUGUCCGCAGAGCAGCAGGUGAUCGUCGCUCUGCAAUUCUACGCCACAGGCAACUUCCUCAUCACUGCAGGCGACUACGUCCACGUGCAAGUCUCUAGUGCUUCACGGUCCGUGAGGCAGGUCACCGUAGCUUUGGCACGUCGAGCAAGGGACUUCAUACGGUGGCCUGACGUCGCAGAGAGUGCUGCCUUGCAGGAGCAGUUCUUUGACGUAGCCGGGUUCCCUUGUGUCGUGGGUGCUGUUGAUGGCACCCACAUUCGAAUCCAGGGACCGCGCGUGCACGAGGAGGUGUACGUGAACCGCCACCUGUACCAUUCCAUCAACGUACAGGUGGUAGUUGACGCGUCCUGCCGCAUACGCAAUGUGGUUGCGAGAUGGCCAGGAAGCACGCACGACUCCCGGAUUUUCACCGAGAGCACACUAUCAGUCAAGCUGGCCGAUGGCAUCUACGAUGGCCUAUUGCUCGGCGACAGCGGCUACACCUGCCAGCCGUGGCUGAUGACGCCAUUCCUGUCGCCAUCAUCAGCAGCAGAAGUGAGGUACAACACGGCACACACCACGACAAGGAGUAUUGUUGAAAGGACAAUAGGCCAGCUGAAGCGCAGGUUCCACUGCCUGCACGCCGAGCUGCGCAUGGAGCCAAGCAGAUGCUGCGACAUCAUCGUGGCAUGCUGCGUGCUCCACAAUCUCGCCAAGAGAUACCCCUGUGCGAUGCCAGGGACUGCCAUCCCGCCUGAGGUUCCUGUGGAGCCCAUGGCAGCCGACCGUGGAGAAAGCAACGAGGCCCGGCGUGCCCUUGUCGACCAGUUCUUCUGUUGAGCCUUCCCGGCACCAACGUCUCGUCUGCAAGACACGGGGAGCUGCUGCCCACUCUUCUGCUGCUGCCACCCUUUGGCCGCUUCCUGACGCCCGAGGCUGCGGCGCUGCCGUUUGCCUCAAGCUAUCGCUGUGACAAAUGGAUAUGCAGGAAGUCAUUUGCUGUAGUUAUUAGAAGUGUGCAGGCAACCUACGUAUAACAUAUUUACAGUUACAGACACUGUAUAACAUACAGUGUCUGUAACCCCGACAUGUUGCUUGAAUUUUGCCACAGUGUACUUAACUGUAGAAUAGAAACUCUCUGACGCUUCAAGCAUCUCCGAGUGGGCCACACACAUAAUGCUCAUAAUAUCCCGAGAAAUCGCCCACCCAAAACUGAGAGCACAUUAGGUAAAAAUAAGGGGUAGGCUAACAUUCGGUGUUCACAAGGUAGCUCAACUUGAGCCAUUGAAAAAUAGAAAGUCCUGCUACAAAUCAGGAUGGGCUAUCUGUUGGGGAUGAAUCGUCUCUCGGGAUAUUACGGUAAUAUUCCUUGUACCGGUUGCAACUUUCAGUAUUUCAUUACCUUUAGCUUUCUUAUAAAUUUCUUAACCUUGCCGUUUAUUUCACCUAAGGAUGUUGUGAAACCAAACAUUCAAGUCUCGUUGUUCACGAAAUCCACGAUGCUACAAGAAAGUCUUCGCUUGGCUAUGUAUACAGUCAAUCUCGCUAUGGCUUUCGACCCUCCUGUUAAACCGAUAACUGAUGCCAUCAACGCUACCUCUUUCCUUUUUGCGUUCCGCACUAGUUCGUCACAGCAUAAACAAUGAGUUUGUUCACUCAUGCGUAACAACAGGGGUGCACCUCUAUUUUUUUUUUUU